AUGGUCAUGGUCAGCUUGCUGGUGGUCCUCUCCUCGAUUCGGGUGCGGCAGCACCAGGCGGUUCCCGCAGGCUUCAACGCGGCGGUGGUUGCACAGCUGAGCUCAGGCCCUGGCUCGCCGACCGGCUCGCGAUCGCCAGACUACCUCCCUGUCCAACCACAGGCUUCGCUUCUCUCCAUCGGCACAACUGCAACAACAUCGUCAGAGCUCGAGGCUACAUGGACGACGUCAGCCACCGGGCUGAUGUCGGUUGGUGGCGAGACGACGUCGCAUGGCGAGUCGUGGUACGGAGCCGAGCUGCCGGAAGGCGUGAGGAUCAUUGGGACUGGCGGUGACGGCAGCGUGGUUCCUCUCGAUGGAGGCGCCCCGGGGCUCAGCGCCAAGUCGACGUCGUGCAUGGCGGCGCUGAGGCAGUGGCUCAUUGCCGAGCCGUACCCGGACGUUGUCUCCAAGUCGCGGCAGAUCGACCUGCGCCAUCGAGCGUGGAUGCUACUCAUGCUCUCACUCGUCUGCUGUAUCUUCCAGGUCUCGCACAUCACCUACGACGCCAUUGCUAACCUCCGCCGGCUCCCGGCCUCACACCACAUGGUCAACCUGCUCUUCUUUGGCCUCCUCCUCAUCCCCAUCUGGCUUGCCCGGACCGACCGGCUCGUUGCGGGCUCCAUCUGGUUUGUCUUUGUCAUCACCGCUCUCUUUGCCCAUCGAGUCUUCACCGAGCGCCCGCACCUUGACUAUCUCAUCAUCCCGCUCUUUGUGGCCCACAUCAUUUUCUCGCCGCGGCUGGCCCACCUCGCAUAUCCGCUCCUCGUCGUCACCACCGCCGUCACCGGCUACAUGGCAUACUCACACGUUGACCUGCACUGGCUUGACGUCGGCUCGACCGUCCUCCUCUCAGGCAUCGUUGCCUGCUGUCUCGCCGGCGCCUCGACGCUCCUCCAGCGCAAGCUCGAGGUCAUGCGAACGGCCGAGAUGCGAUACAUGACCCUACUUAAUGGCGGCUACGAGGGCGUCGUCCUCCUCGGCGGCUACACUAUUCUCGACGGCAACCGCUCCAUGCAGGAAAUGUUCCACAUGCGCAUGUCUGCUCUCAAAGGCACCUCCGUCCUCGACCUCAUUGUGGAGACCGACCGCAUCAAGCUUGCGAAGCUCAUCGAGUCGUGCCCACUGCAGCACGCACUGCUGCGGACCGAUACUCAGCCCGACGGGCCGGCCGGUAUGUUUGCCAUCGAAGUCUCAGUCAUCUUCCACCCGGCGACCUCGCACACUGUCUGCGCCUUUCGCACCAUCGAGCACUUUGCUCGCCUCGAAGCCGUCCUCGUCGCCGCCAAGGAAAACGACAUGCAGGCCCAGUACCAGCAGGCUCAGUCGUCCAUCGCCUCGGCCGAGCACAAGUCACGCAUGUACUCGUCGCUCGCCCAUCAGGCCACGGUCCCGCUCCAGACGGUUGUCUCGGCCGUCAAGCUCCUCGACGAGCACUCGCUCGGCGAGGGCGCCCGCCAGUGCGCCCGCCUCGCCACCGAUGCUGCCGACCACCUCAGCUCUAUCAUGUCCUCCUUCCAGUCCAUUGACAACGUGUACUCGGACGACAUGGACCUCGACUCGCGCAUCUUUGACCUCACCACCGUCCUCUCGCAGGUUCUCUCGCAGGUCCGCUCCGUCGUCGCCGCCAAGGCCGUCGACCUCGACGGCUACAUCUCGCCAGACGUUCCACUCUUUGCCCGUGGCGACCCGGCUCGCCUCGAGCUCACCCUCACCACCGUCAUCGAGGCCACUGUCCGCCUCUCCGAGACCUCGGGCUCGGUCAUGGUCUCAGCCAAGGUGUCAUCCGAGGACGAAGCCCGCCAGCUCGGCGCCACUGCGCUUGUCCCGCUCGAGAAUGAGGCUUCGUUCCCGCCAGGCACUUUUGACUCGGCCUCUUACUACCGCAUCGACGUCACCGACUCGUCGCCCGGCAUGGCGCUCAAGGACAUGUCCAUGCUCUUCCAGCCGUUCCAGCACGGCGCCUCGAACAUUGCCAUUGAGACUAUCGGCCUCUACGUCGCCCGCCAGCUCCUACGCAAGAUGGGCGGCCAAAUUGUCCCGCACUCGGUCGAGGGUCAUGGCUCCACCUUUGUCAUGAUUGUCCCGCUCUUCCCAGUCUCCGGCUCGCUCGUCCCGGUCUCAGCUACUGUCCGCCCACCCAAGUGGAUGAACCUCGCCGUUCCGACGGGCAUCGUUGUCCUCUUUGCCAACGACGACCUCCGCAGAACCAUGGGGUCAAUUAUGGCCGACUUUGGCCUCAGCGUCUACUACCACGCCGUCCCCUGGCGUGCCGUUGAUGUCUUUGCCAACGACGAGGUCCCGUUCCUCGUCGUCGAACGCUCCAUGCUCGAGGAGAUUGUUGCCGCUCUUGACGAAGUCGGUCCGCUCAUGCCGUCGGUCGUAUACGUUGUCUCGCCGCCGGUCGAGGAGCUGACUGACCCGCCUGACGUCCGCCACCCAGGCGUCUCCUUUGUCUUUGUCCCUCGCCCGCUGGAUCUCGCCGAGAUGCGUGCCGCCCUUGUCAAGUCGUACGCCUCCAUCUUCACCCACCGCCGGACCGCAAGGUACCUCUCGCUCACAACGUCGACGCUCAUGGCGCUUCCGGGCGACGUCGUCGGCACGCCGUCGGAACUCGGCGCCACGUCGUCGCAGCCCAUCCAGAUCCGCAAGCGUGUCCCAGCCUGUGUCAUUGGCCUUGUUGGCCUCCCGGGGCAUGUUGUCGAGAACCUCAAAGACAGGCUGUACGCCUUUCGAGUCGGCGCCGUUCACGUCUACCCCUCGUUCGCCGAGCUCCGCAGCGCCCGCAAGGCCGUCGCCCUCCACCACAUUGUCUUCUACGACUCGUCGCUCGAUCUGCCAAUCGGCUACCAGGUCGCCUGGUUCCCAGUUGCCAUCGGCCGCAAGCCAGUCCUCUCGGGUGUAUUUACUUUUGCCUCCACCCCAUCCGAGGCCGAGUGCUCGCGCCUCCUCUCGCGGUUCACCGUCAUGCACGCCUCGAAGCUCGCCGACCGCGUCCUCAUUGUCGCGUCGUCGCCCAACAUGCCGUAUCUUGGCAGCCUCCGUGCCGCAGGCUACGACUGCACCAUUGCGUGGAGCGGCGGCUUUGGCGCCAUCGUCGCAGAGCUGAACGUGCGCGGCGUCUCAGUGGUGAGUCUCGCCGAAACCAUCCGGUCGUGGGAGGCCCAAGUCGGGUACGGCAUCACGCCAAUCAUCGCCCUCUCGCCGCCGUGCCACACCUCGGGUGCUGCCCGUUUCAAGCUCGCUGGCGUCACCGACAUGCUCAAGCUCCGCAAGGCUCACUCGACUCUCGUGCCGUGCCUGCAGGGCCGCAUCCAGCGGUCAGAGACCCACCUGCUCCACAAGUCCGCCGAGAAGCGCUACAAGUCCCUCAAGGACCAGUUCACCUCGUACCUCCUUCGUCAAGACUCCAUCUCACGCAUGCCGUCACCGGCAAGCAAGUUCUCGUCCUCCUUCCGCUCCUUUGAUCUCAUCCCGGCCACCCCGUCGGCGGGCUCUCUCCACUCGCGCAACUCGUCGGCCGGCUCGGGUGGGCUGAGCCUGCCGCGCCCGCCGAGCAUUAGCCUGCUCGAGGACGAUCCGCCGCUGGCCCGCACCGGCUCGAGCUCUUCAGCGACUUCGUCAUCGUCAUCGUCGUCGCUCGCGGCUUCGUCCUCGCGGCUCUGUGCCUCGUCGUCGGUUGCCUCCCGCGAUAACGACGGUGAGAGCGGCGGGUGGGAAGAGGUUCCUAUCGUCGCCAUUCCGUUGCCGACUACCAACGCGCCGCGCCGGCUCUCGCAGAUGAUGCUCUCCAGCUCAGAUCCGCCGUCGCCUCACGACGCGGCUGCCCUGCUGGCGUCGUCGUCGUCCGGGGCGUCGUCGACGUUGUCUCAUGAAGAGAUCACAGUUUAAUAGCCCUUAGCGGUUCAGUCGUUCGGACGCGUUGUCGCGCCUCUCAAAGUGAAACUCGAUGAUGCUUGACUUCCAAGUCACCGGCCGACGCUGC